CAAUCAAGCGAGUUCCUAGAAAGGGGGGAGAAGAAAAAUAAAAGAAAGGAAAUAAACGUUUCAGAUUUCUCUCCUUCGAAAUCCUUGAAGAUUGGGUUUUCUGUUUUUCUUUAUUUUUUCUUCAGAGAGAGAGAGAGAGAGAGAGAGAGAUGGACCCAUUUCAAGACGACGGUUGGGAUAUUCUCGAUUACAACAACAUCAUUCAAGACAACAAUCCCUCCUCGGAUCUCUACUGGAACAACAAUCAAAGUACUGGCAUGGUAUUUGAUGCUUCAUUUACGAGUGCUGUUUCUGAGGAAAAAGUAUGUUCACGGAAAAGGGGGCGCAGCGAAUCCUGUGCUGGGCCAGGAUCAAAAGCUUGCCGCGAGAAAAUGCGUAGGGACAAGAUGAACGACAGAUUUUCAGAUUUGUGCUCUGUUUUGGAGCCUGGAAAGCCUGCGAAGACUGAUAAGUCGGCCAUAAUCGGCGAUGCUAUCCGCAUUUUGAACCAGCUAAGAAGUGAAGCUCAGGAGCUCAAGGAGGCAAAUGAAAAGCUUCAGGAAGAAAUACAAGUUCUAAAGGCCGAGAAGAACGAGCUUCGUGAAGAGAAACUCCAACUGAAGGUGGACAAAGAAAAAAUGGUGCAGCAGGUGAAGUCGAUGAGUGUUCUACCUGUUGGGUUUGUGCCACCGCAUCCAGCAGCAGCCUACCCUGCUGGAGUAAACAAGAUGUUGGCCUUCCCCGGCUACGGCGGGUUUCCCAUGUGGCAAUGGAUACCCCCAGCUGCCCGUGAUACAUCCCAAGAUCACACGCUUAGGCCUCCUGUGGCAUAGUUCUUCCGUUAGGAUUGCUUGCACUAUUCAUAAUUGCUUGAUAAAAUUGUUUUGACACUCUUACUGCCCCUUUCUCAAAUGUAAAUAGUUUUGCCAAUGUUAAUUAACCCUUUUUUUAGAUGCACA